AUGAGAGAUAAAAUGAAAAAAGUGUUAUAUGAAAGUAUAAUUGAUAUAUUAGAAAAAUUUCUUCAAUCAGUAAAACAACAUCAAAAAUAUAUACAAAGUGCAUCAAUUUUUAUUCCACAAUGUAAUUCACAAUUAAUUAAAUUAAGUCAAUUUAUUAAAGAAAUAUACAAACGAUAUUAUGAAAUAGAAGCUGACUUAUUAGAAUAUGAAUGUACAUAUAAUACUUUUCAUUCUCAACAAUUUCAAAAUAAAACAACAUCAUUAGAAUGUAUUGUAACAAAUCAUUGUAAUGAAGAAAUUAUAACAAAAAGAUAUCAAUUUGAUUUACCUGAUGUUCCAAUGGAAUUUCAAACUUCUAUAGGUUGUUCAUCAAAGAAAGAUUGUUUGUUAGUAACUCCAAAUGAUUUAAUUAAACAUCAAAUAAAAAAACAAACAAAUGAAUAUUUUGAACCACAACUUAAUUUUGUUAAAAUAAUUUCAACUUCAAGAUAUAUUGUCGGUGAUCAAGCAAAUCAUACUGUUAAAAUAAUUGAAUUUGAUAGUUCUCAAAAUCCAGAAAUAAUAAGAAGUUGUGGUAAUUUAACUGAUAAUCAUAUUGCAUGUGAUAUUGCAAUUUGUCAUGAUAAGUAUUAUAGUGCAGAUAAAGGAAGUAAUACUAUUUCUUAUUAUGAUUCAAGUCUUAAAAGAAUAUUAGAUUUUGGUGGUUUUGGUAGUGAAAGUGGUAAAUUUAAUGAGCCAACGAGUAUUGAAAUUAAAAAGAAUAGAUUAUUUGUUUGUGAUAGUUUAAAUCAUAGAAUUCAACAAUUUGAUCUUCAAGGAAGAUAUGAAAAAUCAAUUACAGAAAAUACUUUAUAUCCUUCUUGUGUUAGAAUGAAUUAUAAAGAUCAAUUACUUAUUGUAGAUGAAUGGAAAAGUAGAGUUGUUAUUAUUGAUGCUAAAACUGGAAAAGAAGUUGACGUAUUAGGAAAUAAAAGAGAAGAAGAUAAAUUCCUUCGUCCUACUCAUUUGGCUUGUUUUAAUGAUGAAGUUUAUGUUAGUGAUACUGGUAAUGGUCGAAUAGUUCAAUUUAAAAAUAACCAAUAUUACGGUCAACUAAAACUAAAAGAUAUAGGAAUAGAUGGCAAUCCUUUAGGGAUUGAUGCUUUUGAAGGAGAAAUAGCAUUUACUGUUGUUGGAAAUAACCAAGUCUUCUUCAUAAAAAUAAAAACAACUCAUCAAAUUGGAAAAUAUUCAGUCUUCUCUAGAUUAUACUCUGUCUCUUCAGCAAAAGGUAAUAUUUUAUUUAUUCAUGGUUACACAGAACAUUCAGGAAUUAAUUUAAUGACUGGAAAAUAUUUUAAUGAACAAGGAUUUAAUGUUUAUUUCAUUGACUUACCAGGCCAUGGAAGGUCAAGUGGUGACCGUGGGUAUAUACCACUUUUUGAAGAUUAUGAAAUGGUUGUAAAAGAAUUUUCAAAAUUAAUACAAAAGAGUGAUGUAUUUGUUUCCGAACAACUUCCGCUUUAUCUUAUUGGAUUUUCUAUUGGAGGAUUAAUUGUUAGUAGAAUUGCAUCUGACAAAAAAGCAUCACAAUUAUACAAAGCUAUUAUUUCUAUUAACCCACCAUAUUGGAUCAAUGUUUGGUAUGUUUAUAUUUUUUAUUACUUUGCCUUACUCUUUGCUUUCUUCUUUCCUUCUUUUACAGUUCAUUAUAUUAACGAAUCUCUCUUUAAUAAUAAAGAGGUUGCCUCAAAAUUUUUUAAAGACCCUUAUUUAUUAAAAUCAAAUAACCUUCAUGUAUGUCUUGAAAUGGUUCGUGCUGGUCUUGAAGAUGUUAAUAAAUCUGAACAUAUUCCAUUCCUUCUAAUUCAAUCAUCCUGUGACUCAAUAGUAAAUCCUAAAGGAGCUUUGAUAAAAUCCUACCACUUCCACAACUCUAAGAGUUUGUUUGUUUUAGUGCCAAAACAAAAUCAUAUGCUCUUUGAAGAAGACUUUUCUUCAGUUCACUCAACAAUGAAUAAAUGGAUUCUUUCACUUUAA